AUGCGGCUCGAGGUGAUGAUCACAGUUGGCACUCUGAAGCAAGAGAAUGUCCAAGUGAUACAGUCAUGGGUCCGACAAGUUUCAGCACAAGGAGGAAAGGGUGUUCAUCUUGGAGACAAGGACGCCACUGGUAUCGCGAAGGCCUUUGAAGUGGUGGCAGAAUUCCUUGCGGCAGAAGUUGGUGGGAAACACAGCCCCCGCACAUCAUGCACUGCUCGAGAUUUGAACUGCAAAGCGACGGUUGUGCCCACGCUUUUAAGAGCCGCUGUCUCACCUCCGCUUGGCUGUUUCCUCAUCCAUAAGGGUCAACUGAGCCAAGUGAUUCCACCGAACCAGGUGGACAUGGAGGAAGUGCAGUGGACACGGGUUCGGAUGGCCUUUGACCGUGGCUAUGUGGCACGUCAAGAGAUCCAGGCGGAGAGCGUCCUCGGAGGCGACCUCUAUGACUUCCUGGAUGAGAAGCCGCCAGAGAAGCCCAAGGGCUUGGCCCGAGCCAAGUCGCUACCACCAGGUGCUCGCAAUCUGCGCUCCAAUCGCUUGGAGGAUCGGCCUCCGGCCCCGUUGGGCACCGAUGCUGAUACCUUGGAAGGGCCAUUGAUCCAACCACCUUUGGUCGAUCUUUACGUCUUCUUGGGGGAGGCGCCGCCGCCGCAAAACGCUGUGCGGCGGCGCGAUUUGGACUUGCGGCGGGCCUGGGCCGAGGUUUGGUGGCGUUUCAGAUCACGUCGACGGAUGGAGCAAAAUCAGCAGGAUGAGAGCUAUGGUCCAAGCUGUGACUAUCAACAGUUAUCUGAAGGCCCUGCCGGCUCUAUGGCUACUCAGUCCACAGCCAAUAGUUUCAGAGACUUUUGGCUCUCUCUGGGCGGCGGGCCCUUGAGUAUCGACACCCUAGGCAGUGAUCCGUCCAGGCAGGCACGACGAGGAACAGACCCUGGCAGACCUCGUGGUCGUCCUGAGGCUCAGGUUGCGGGCAUUGCGCAACGGAGCCGCUCGGUCUUUGAGCCUCGGGCCAGUGAUCGCUAUCACCAGUUGGAUGAUGGCCCUCGGCGUCAGGAGUGCGGCUGUGCGCAUCUCUCACGAGUGCGUUGA